AUGAAUGUGCCAACAGCCCAGUUAUGGCAUGGAGGCCAUAUGCAGAGGAUGAUAACUGGUGGCGAUCCUACUAUCACGCUGAACCAUCUGUCUCGCUGGUUCAAGCAGGACUUCCUCAUGGCAACACCUUACAAGGAGACGAGGGACAGGCUACAGGAGGCAGUAGAUCGAUCAGAUAUCGAUAAGCUGAAAGGCGAUGAUAGUGUGUUGGGCGAGUUCGAGUCGAUGUUGUCGUUGAAGAAGAUUACUGGCUUUGCGGAGUUAACUGAUCACAGUCUCGCAGCUAGAGCCAGGUUGCUGGCGUACGCGGCUCGGGAGGGCGUCAGUGAGCGAUUGAGGAAGGCAGUAGAUAUGUACUUGGCGUCACCAAAGGAUGAGGAGGUGGUGGCCGAAUGUGCUGAUGUAUUCCUCCGUGAAUAUGCUGCCUGGUUUUGCCGGCAGAGUCCGGUGAAAGUGUUGAAUAUGGAGGAGCAUGAGAGUCAGCAAAUUCCCGAGAGGGAAAUUCUGAUCGCAUUCCUGCAAGAUCUCGACUGGGACAGCUUCCCGACUGUAUUCCAGGACACGCUUUUCAAGUUGCGGUAUCUCAUCGACAAGGAAGAUACAUUAUUCAUGAAGAUAGUGUUAGCACUUAAUGGACAGAGGAUAUGGGAGUGCCCGGAUUUGAACCCAAGGCCUCCCGUGUGCAAAAUAUAUGUGAUACUGCUACACUACACAGCCUUCUAG